UCCGGAAGAGAUUUAUGUCUCCGCGGUCUGCGCUUCCCCUCAGAUUCCUGCAGCUGGACUCCAGGCUUCGCUCUUCCCAGGACCCGGGUGGCCCUCCCAGUCAGGGGCCGAAGCUCCCCAGGGCAGGCUUGUCUGCUGGGCACCAGGAAAUGGGUCUUUUAAGUCCUCUGUCCUGGACCACAGCUGCUUCAUUUGAUUCCUCACAUUAUGAAGCUUCCAGCAUCUUGGACCAAGCGGUUACCAGUUUCCCAGUGUUGCCAUCCUGCAGGCAAACAUUUGGUGACUAUUCCUCCCAUGAUUAUGAGCCAUUGACAUUCAGGGAUGUGGCCAUUGAUUUCUCUGAGGAGGAAUGGGAAUGUCUGGAUCCUGCCCAGCAGAAUUUAUAUAGAGAAGUGAUGUUGGAGACCUACAGCAACCUGGUCUUUGUGGAGAAGACCUACCAAUGUGAAGAAUGCAACACACUCAAGAAUUUUACUCAACAUCACAGUGUUCAUACAGGAGAUAUGCCAUGCAAAGAAUGUGAAAAAACUUCUAAUAAAAGCUCCAGUCUUAUUUGUCACCAGUGGACACACAUUGAAGAGAUGCCCCACAUAUGUAAACAAGUUUGCGAAGCUUUUAAUCAAAAACCAAGCCUAAAAAAUCACCAGAGAAUUUAUACUGGAGAGAAGCCCUACAAAUGUAAAGUGUGUGGCAAAAAUUUUAAUACAAAGUCACAUCUUGAUCGCCACAACAGGAUUCAUACUGGAGAGAAGCCCUACAAAUGUAAUGUGUGUGGCAAGAGUUUUAAUAUAGACUCAAAUCUUGAUCGCCACAACAGGAUUCAUACUGGAGAGAAGCCCUACAAAUGUAAUGUGUGUUGCAAGAGUUUUAGUCAAAAAUCAUCACUUACUCAUCACCAGCGAAUCCACACUGGAGAGAAGCCCUAUAAAUGUAAAGAGUGUGGCAAAGCUUUUAAUCGCAUCUCACAGCGUAAUUAUCACAAAAGGAUUCAUACUGGAGAGAAGCCCUACAAAUGUAGAGAAUGUAGCAAAGCUUUUAAUAGCAUCUCACAGCGUAAUUAUCACAAAAGGAUUCAUACUGGAGAGAAGCCCUACAAAUGUAAAGUGUGUGGCAAAAGAUCUAACACAAACUCACAGCUCAAUUGCCACCACAGGAUUCAUACUGGAGAGAAGCCGUACAAAUGUAAAGUGUGUGACAAGAGUUUUCAUCAAAAACCAUCACUUACUCAGCACCAGCGAAUCCACACUGGAGAGAAGCCCUACAACUGUAAAGUGUGUGGCAAGAGUUUUAAUAAAAAAUAUUCACUUACUCAGCACCAGCGAAUCCACACUGGAGAGAAGCCCUACAACUGUAAAGAAUGUGGCAAAGCUUUUAAUAGCAUCUCACAGCAUAAUUAUCACAAAAGGAUUCAUACUGGAGAGAAGCCCUACAACUGUAAAGUGUGUGACAAGAGUUUUAGUCAAAAACCAUCACUUACUCAGCACCAGCGAAUCCACACUGGAGAGAAGCCCUACAACUGUAAAGAAUGUGGCAAAGCUUUUAAUAGCAUCUCACAACUUAGCUGUCAUAAAAGGAUUCAUACUGGAGAGAAGCCCUACAAAUGUAGAGAAUGUGGCAAAGCUUUUAAUCGCAUCUCACAUCUUAGUUGCCACAAGAAGAUUCAUACUGGAGAGAAGCCCUACAAAUGUAAAGUAUGUGGCAAGAGUUUCAUUAAAAAAUCAUCACUUACUCAGCACCAGGGAGUCCACACUGGAGAGAAGCCCUACAACUGUAAAGAAUGUGGCAAGAGUUUUCGUCACAAAGCAUCACUUACUGACCACCAGAGAAUCCACACUGGAGAGAAGCCCUACACCUGCAAAGAAUGUGGCAAAGCUUUUAGGCAAAGAUCAUCACUUACUCAACACCAGAGAAUCCACACUGGAGAAAAGCCCUACAAAUGCAAAGAAUGUGGCAAAGCUUUUAAUACUGUCUCUCAGCAUAGUCGCCACAAGAGGAUUCAUACUGGAGAGAAGCCCUACCAAUGUAGAGAAUGUGGCAAAGCUUUUAAUCAAAAAUCAAUACUUACUCAACACCAGAGAACCCAUACUAGAGAGAAGUCCUAUAAAUGUGAAGAAUGGCAAACCUUUUCAAAUUGAAGAUCAUAUCUUACUAAACAUUAUAGAUUUUUUACUGCAGAGAAGUUUUACAAGUGAAAACAUUGCAUCGGUGUCUUUAAGCAUGAAUCAACCCUUAUUUCACAGUAGUUCAACACUAUUUCACACCAGAGAUAUGAUAGCACAGAAAUUAUACAAGUGUAAAAUAGGUGUCAGAGUCUCCAACAGUUGUUCACACCCUACUCAGCACCUCAGAAUUCAUACGAGUGAGAGGACAUGUGGAAAAAUUUUUGCAAAGCUUUUGGCCAUUGAUCAAACAUUUUUGAAACACUGGAGGAUUUACAGCAUAUAGAAACCCAAAGAAUGUGUCCAAGACUGUAUUCAAAUUUCACACAUUUUUAAAUUUCUGACCUCAUACCUGUAGCAAAUGUGGAGUAGCAUUUGUUCAAAGUAUGUACCUUAGAUAACAACAAAAUAUUAAAAAAACAACUUGACAAGUAUAAAAAUUUGUAAGUUUCUUAUCUAUAGCCCAUCCCUUGAAGUAUUUGGGACCUAGGAGGGAAAAAAUCAUUUAAAUGUAGAAAAUGGGUUAUUGCUUUUGACAUUUGCUGAAAAUUUUCUUAACAUCUUUAGCUGAUAUUGUAGAAAUAAAGAAAUACAAAUAUAGAAUAGUGCACCCCUAAAAGGAUAUAAUUUUACUAUAAAUCAACAGUUACUACAUAUUCUCAUUUUUCUCAACUGGAGAAAACAUAAUUCUCAUAGUUUGAUUAUUACAGAAGUCUCUUAAGGUUUAUAUGGAAUUUAAAAUUUUUGGUUUUUAUGUUUGUACUUAAACUUAGGGACACUUAAUCAGUAAACUGCAUCCUCAGAUUUUUUUUUUCAUUUUUACUUAGAGAGAGAGUCUGCUAAGUUGUUUAGGGCUUCACCAAGUUAUGGAGCCUGGCUUUUAACUUGCAAAGCUUCUCACAUCCCUAGGGUCACAGGCAUGGACCACCAUGCCCAUUUUACAGAGAAUUUUUAAUUAUAUUUGCAUUAUGGAUGCAAUUUGUUACUAAAUAAAGUAUGAAUUUCUUAAUGUUAA